AUGGAGGUUUCAACUGUGUUUGCUGUGAUUGGAAUUGUCACCGCGGCUUAUUGCGGGUUUCAUCUCUUUCGUCCCUUUAUAACCUUCUUUCUGCUACGAUUCUACCUCUCCAAACGGGCAGACCUGAAAAAAGCAGGCGAUUGGGCUAUUGUAACUGGGGCGACCGACGGCAUUGGCAAAGCGCUCGCCCACGAGUUGGCCCGUGACGGGAUGAAUGUUUUUCUAAUAAGCAGGUCAACUGAAAAACUGACCAAAGUGGCUAACGAGAUUGAGUCCCUUUUCAAGGUGAAGACCCAAAUUUUCACCGCCGACUUCACUACCGUAAGUUUUUUCUGCCGUUCCUACCCUUGCCGCUUAUUGCACCUUGUUCUGAGGCUUGGGUCAAAGACAACGUAGCUUUAUCCUCAUCAGCUGCUGUCUUUUAAUAGUCAUGUAUUGGCCUGUGGUAACAGUUCAUUAAGACUGACCACGUUUGCAAUCAGUUCACGAGGCCAUUUGUGGCCUAUGCCUUCGCACCUACUCGAUCUGCACUCACGGUGCCUUGAACCCGGAAUCCUAAUUCUGCCGAGAAGUCUGACUAUGUCGGUAGCUCUUGGCUGUCUCGCUUAUGUGCUAUUCUGUGUGCAAUGUCACGCAUCCGAGCGUUUAGUGCCUUAUAUCCCUCCUUUAGAUCAACUUUUAUGGAACAUUACAGUUCAGGAUCGUCAUGUCACAGAUCGACAUUGGGCCUUGUAAUGUUUUGUAGAGUAGUUGAUGUGGAUGCAACGAGUAGGCCGGCAAUGUAGCGCGUCCUUCGGAUCGUGCUUUCAGCGAACCCGGAUUUCUCAUAUUAGUCCGUAUCGAUGUUUUAUGCUCCUUCAGUAACUGAUUCUGGCAGCCACCUUUCCGCGCAUAUUGUUCAUUUGCCAUUCUACGUGUGUGCCUACGGCGUUGCUUGAUGCAUUGUCUUCCUCUUUUAGACCGACUUUUACGAAAGUUUACAGCGAAAAAUCGAAGAACUUUCUUCAGUCUCCAUUCUCAUCAACAACGUCGGCGUCGCAUACUCUCAUCCGGAUGCCCUAGCCACCUGCAAAGAGCUGACUCUCGAGAAACUGCAGGGUAUGAUUGUCUGUAACGUGACGUCAACAACCUGCAUGAGCCGCAUCACCUUACCAAAGAUGCUAACCUCGCCGCCACCGCAUGGUGUCCAUCGCUACAUUGUCAAUAUUUCAUCAAUUUGUGACCGCUUCCACUGCCCUUAUCUUUCUGUGUACAGUGGCACCAAGGCCUUUAUAAAUAAUUUUACCGCCUCAUUAGCUGGUGAAUUGGUAGGAACCUGCGUUAAGGUACAAACUAUUAGUCCCGGCGCUGUUGUUACGGCUAUGUCAUUCGACAAACGCCCGGGUUUCUUUGCACCCCAGCCUUCCGCGUUUGCGUCAUCCGCGCUCUCCAUGUUGGGUGUGGGAAGCGAGAGUUGCGGUUACUUUGCUCAUGAACUGUUUCGAACCGCCAUUCUUGCCGUCCCCGAGUGGCUGCGCACUGCACAAAUUAAAAGCCGUAUGCUGGAGUUUCGAGACGUGUACUACAAGCGUCAAAAGUCAAAGGAUUUGUAA